GCGGGGGGCGGGGCACGCGGCGGGCUGGAGCCGGACACGAUGCCCCGCCGGAAGCAGCGACACCCGCAGCCCGUGAAAGGUGGGGAGUAGCCAUCGGGGAAGCUGUUCUUCCUCCCCUCCCGGUGAAAUGUACAAGGCAGAUGGCUCCACGCUCCUCUCCUGAAGGCCUCCAUGUGGCAGGGGAUGAGCAGGAAAGGUAACUGGCUGGCGCUCCGUGUGUUGCAGUGGACACUGAAGACACUCUCGAGGAGACGCCAGGAGGGGGUCUGGUGCUGCAGAGUGACCUGCUGCUGGGCCAGGACCUGGAGUUUGAGGACAGCAGCGACAGGAUCAUGGGCUUUGAGAAAGACUCGGAAGUGGACUCCCUGGUGGGGAAGAUCACCAUCCCGGCCUACUCGCUGAGCGACGACGACUACUCCAGCUACCGGCAGCUGAGCGUGGAGAGUGACCCCGAGGAGGGGCGGGAGCCUGGACCCCCAGCCCUGCCUUGCCCUCAGUGUGGCCUGCAGCUGGCCGUGCGCUUGGGGCAGCGCUGCCCACGGUGUGCGGGGGCCGAGGAGGGCCGGGGCCAGCGCGUGGUCUACUCCUGCCAGCUCUGCCCCUUCGCCUCCCACUACUCCAGCCACCUCAAGCGCCACAUGAAGACCCACAACGGCGAGAAGCCUUUCAAGUGCCCGCACUGCGACUAUGCCUCGGCCCAGCUGGUGAACCUGACGCGGCACAAGCGCACGCACACGGGCGAGAGGCCCUACCGCUGCCAGGCCUGCAGCUUCGCCUGCAGCAGCCUGGGCAACCUGCGGCGCCACGAGCGCAUCCACAGCCAGGACAAGCCCUUCCAGUGCAGCGCCUGCGACUACCGCUGCAACCAGAGCCGCAACCUCAAGCGCCACAUGCUGAGCCAUCGCCAGGCGGAGGAGGGGCCCUGCCGCCGGGACAAGGCCCAAGAGCCGCUGCUGCCGGAGCUGAGCCUGCACGUGAGCGGUGCGGGCAGCCCCCUCCUGCCCGGCUGCGCCCGCCUGCGGGGCGACGAGACAGACGCCUUGCCGGAGCUGCUCUUCCCCUUCACCUGCCGCAUGUGCGGGCUGGUGCUGGACGACGGCUUGGCGCAGGACGAGAGCCUGGUCGAGCAGAUCUGCAGCCGCUGCAGCCUGGCCGUGCUGAGCACCGAGCCGGGCGACAGCCCCCCCGAGAGCGGCGCCAAGGGCUUCUCCUGCAGCCUGUGCUCUUUCGCCACACACUACCCCAACCACCUGGCUCGCCACAUGAAGACGCACAGCGGCGAGAAGCCCUUUGCCUGCCCCCUCUGCCCCUACGCCUCCGCCCACCUGGACAACCUCAAGCGACACCAGCGUGUGCACACGGGCGAGCGGCCCUACAAGUGCCAGCUCUGCGACUACGCCUGUGGCAACCUGGCCAACCUCAAGCGGCACGGCCGCAUCCACUCCGGCGACAAGCCCUUCCGCUGCGGCCUGUGCAGCUACCGCUGCAACCAGAGCAUGAACCUCAAGCGCCACAUGCUGCGCCACACGGGCGAGAAGCCGUUCCGCUGCCGCCACUGCCCCUACACCACCGGCCACUGGGACAACUACAAGCGCCACCAGAAGAUCCACGGCCCUGCUGCUGAGGGUUGGGCCAGCCCCCCGAGUGCCAAGCCCCGGCUGGCCCUGCCACCCCCGGCUGCCUCCCUGCCCUAGGACCUGGGCCUGAAAUGCUGCUGCUGGGAGCAGCCGGCAGGGCCUUGCUGGGCCUGUCCCUUCCUAGGGGGCAUGGGGAGGAGCGAGUGCCUACGCAGGGGCUGGGAGGCCAUGGGGGCAGGGCCCAGCAGUGCUGCAGGUUCCCCCCUCAUACAGGCUGGGCCUAGCCUGGGGCGUGGGAAGCGGGAACUCAGACCCAUUGCUGCCCAGUAACCCGAGCUCCUCACCCCAGCCAUGCCCAGCAGUGUCACUGCUUGGAAUAAAAGCCUCUGCGUAAUGGCUGCCGCCUUGCGUCCUCCCCCCGUCCAUGGAGUCUGAGCCCCCAGUAGGCACUAGAGGGCUGGGUUGGGGACCCCUCCUCUGUCCCAUGAGGCUCAGGCCAAGCAGCGCCCCAGCUGUGUGUAGCUGCUGUCGGGGGAGGGAACAGACCCCCCACCCCCCAAUCAUACACAGCUGUUCCUUGGAGCAGUUCUGCCCGGGCAAUGGGGGCUCCGGGGCUAGGAGGCUGAGUGCUACGGACACCACUCAGCUGCUGCCACCAGCCGGCCUCUGCCCGGGCAGCGCGCGGCAGCCUUGUCAGUGCCCACCGAGCGUGGCCCCUUCCCUCCGCCAGCGUCCUCGGGUGCAGCAGGGAGAGGGGCGGGGGGGUGGCUGGCCUGGCCCCCUGACCUGGGGUGCAUCUCAAGGCUGUGUAAUUUAUAUUGUGUAUAAAAGCAUUAAAGUCAGUUUGGGUA